AUGGGCGGCCGGAGCAACAACACAACAGCCGCCCAACAGAAUUCCAUUCUUCGAAUUGUCGUCGUCGGCGGUGGUGGCGUUGGAAAAUCAGCACUUACUAUACAGUUUAUACAGCGCUACUUCGUCCAGGACUACGACCCGACCAUCGAGGAUUCCUACACCAAACAAUGCUUUGUAGAUGAGGAUCUGUGUAAAUUAGAAAUUCUGGACACUGCUGGACAGGAAGAGUUCUCCACAAUGCGCGAACAGUACCUGAGGACAGGAAGUGGAUUUCUAAUCGUGUUCGCUGUUACAGAUAGGAAUAGCUUCGAGGAAGUCAAAAAGCUGCACGAGCUGAUAUGUCGAAUUAAGGAUCGAGACGAUUUUCCGAUAAUUUUGGUGGGCAAUAAGGCGGAUUUGGAAAACGAGAGACAUGUCGCUCGCCAUGAAGCUGAAGAACUCGCCCACCGUCUCGCCAUUCCCUAUCUCGAAUGUUCGGCGAAACUCCGGAAAAAUGUUGAUGAAGCAUUUUUCGAUAUUGUUCGACUUGUCAGAAAAUACCAACAUGACGAACGAAUGCCAGUACACACCCAUGACGAUCGUAAACUCGAGUCGCCAAUAAAACUGAAGAAAAAGAAAAACUGCAGGAUUCAAUAA